CCGGCACUGUACAACUGCCAACCCAAAGCCAAGCUUUUUGCAGGCACUUCCAAGUAGCCAACCUUUAUUGCUGUCUUAUUUCUUUAGGUUUCUUAUAAUUUUCUUUUAUAGUAUUAUUCUCUUCUCCUUUUUGCUUGUCCAGGAUCCCCAUACAUGUUGCUCCUAGUCGAGUUGGGUUUUGCCAACACUUUUUGUUCGGCAGUGUCAAUCAAAGCCAUGUGGUUGAGAGUUUCUUAUGUGUCUCUCCCGUCCACCAUCUGUCUGAACAACGCUUUCAAACCCACCCCAAGAAGCUCUCAAACGUCCAUGUCAGGGUUUCCUCCCAUCGAACCCUUCCCCCUCCUCAAAAAAACCCCUCGUGCGCCAACAUGGCAUCGCGAAACCACCCCGGAGAUAAUCGGUCUGAUAUUUCAUUUCAUUUUAGGGCUAAGCCUCGGCGGGAAUGAAUUGAGCGAGACCAAAAAAAAAAAAAAAAAAAAAAUCUUGUCUGUUGGUGCAGGGGGGUCAUUUGGAUUUUUCUCUCUUCUGUUGCAUUGUUCCUCAGAGCUUCCAAGUUCCAACCCCAAGGAGCGAUUAACUUCCAUCGAUGGGGCCCAGAAGCAGGUCAUCAACCUUGCUAUACAGUAGUAAUCUCGUUUCCAAAGGAUUGGUACGGUCAGCACCAACAAACGGGCCUUUUAUGUCCCUCAAUUUACCAUCCGACAUUUCUGUCUAUUCAACACCCCGUUAUGCAAACUAUACCAACCAUGCAUUUAGAUAUUACGGGGCCGAGACAAACAUGUCUCUCCCGCGUGCAAGGACCGCCUGAUGGGCUCUGCUUUGUCCAUCACCCUUCUCCACAUUGUGCCAGCGUCCGGGAUGUUAUUCUUACCUUAUCGUCGUCUCUCUUUGUCAUCUGUUCAUCGCCCAUUUUCACAAACCCAAACCCCACAUUUUUCUUUUUCGCCUGCACAAGGAACA